UAAAGAUGACCCUGCUGGCAGGCGACGGCUCCGACUACGACUACAGUGCCCUGAGCUGUGCGUCUGACACCUCCCUCAACCGGCCGCCCCUUCAAGAACAGGAGGCCCGAAAGGGGGCCUACUACAAGAGGGCGCAGCAAGCCCCUGAGCUCAGCACCCUCCAUGGCCAAACUUCACUAUCCAGCGCCCGAAAGCUUCAUGCCAUCAUCAAUGUGGGUGGCCUGCGUUAUCAGCUGCCUUGGACCACCCUAGAGGACUUCCCCCUGUCCCGCCUGGGCCAGCUGCACCUCUGCAGCAGCUUUGACGAGAUCAUGCGUAUCUGUGAUGACUAUGAUGUGGCACACAAUGAGUUUUUCUUCGACCGCAGCCCCUGCGCCUUUCGUACCAUCUUGACCUUCCUGCGGGCCGGGAAGCUGCGGUCCCUCCGGGAGAUGUGUGCCCUCUCCUUCAGGGAGGAGCUGUUGUACUGGGGCGUCCCGGAGGAGAACCUGGAGUGGUGCUGUCGCCGGCGUCUGCUGCAGCGCAUGGAGGAGUGUGAGGAGAUGGAGAGGGUGGAGGCAGAGGAGGACCUCCUGGAGGAUCUGAUGGACACAGACAGUGGCCACAGGGAUCCCAGCCACGCAGCAGAAUCCAGACUGAGCCGGUGCAUGGCCAAGUUAAGGGACAUGGUGGAGAGGCCGCACUCGGGCCUCCCGGGGAAGAUCUUCGCCUGUUUGUCAGUGUUGUUUGUCACCAUCACUGCCAUCAACCUGUCCAUCAGCACUAUGCCUGCCAUGAGGGAGGAGGAGGAGGCGGGCACAUGCUCCCAGAUGUGCUACAACAUCUUCAUUGUAGAGACGGUGUGUGUGGCCUGGUUCUCCCUGGAAUUCACCCUGCGCUUCAUCCAAGACCGCAGCAAGCUGGCCUUCCUCAGACGGCCCCUGAACCUGAUCGACGUGGUGGCCAUCCUGCCCUACUACAUCACCCUGGUGGUGGACAGCACUUCCAAGGGGGAAAAGCGUCUGGGCUCUGGCAGCACCUAUCUGGACAAAGUGGGCCUGGUGCUGCGGGUCCUCAGGGCCCUGCGUAUCCUCUAUGUGAUGCGGCUGGCUCGCCACUCGCUGGGCCUGCAGACUCUGGGCCUGACAGCACGCCGCUGCACACGUGAGUUCGGACUGCUCCUCCUCUUCCUGUGCGUGGCCAUCGCGCUCUUCUCCCCCUUGCUGUACUUGAUUGAGAACGAAAUGGCCACCACUCAGGAGUUCAGCAGCAUCCCUGCCACCUACUGGUGGGCUGUCAUCACCAUGACAACAGUAGGCUAUGGAGACAUGGUGCCUAGGAGCAUCCCAGGACAGGUGGUGGCUCUGAGCAGCAUCCUGAGUGGGAUUCUCCUCAUGGCUUUCCCCGUCACCUCAAUCUUCCACACCUUCUCACGGUCCUAUGUGGAGCUGAAGCAAGAGCAGCAGAGGCUGCUGCAGAGGAGGACGCACUUCCUGCUGCGCAGCCGCAUGGCCGGUCUGGGUAGCAACCUCUCCCUGGAGAGUGACAUGCUCUUCCCCAUAGGGUCACCUGAGGCCAGAGACCUGGAAGACUGAGGGUGCUGG